AUGGCAGAUCAACCGAUUCUUCAGAGAUUGGAUACUCUGGUGGCCGAUAUCUUGGCCGACUGGAAUAUCUAUAGCACCAUCGUCGCUGGCGCUGUUGCUGCUUUUGCGAUCUAUUCCGUGGUGUCAGCUAAGGACCCGGAUGUUCAUCCAUUCUUACUUGCUCGCCAAUCCACACCUUCACCCAUCCGACAGUCAGGCGAAUCCGCAACCUACCGCAGCUUAGAAACCCCUUAUGGCUUCCCUCUACGGGCUGGAUUGAAUGUCAAGGACCCCGGUGCGGCCAAGUGGACAGCUGGUAGGAAAGGUGAUUUGCGCGACAUCUGGCGGGCUGCGGUACGGGGAGCUUUGAAUGAGGACGGUACCCCAUCCAAAGUGCAAGGAAAAAUAUACACUGUUCUUGGUAGACAGGCUAUCGAGCACUCUCUGUCCCAAGUAACCCAGGAAAUCAAUGUGAUUGGUCACCAUCUUCAGAAGGCUGAAGUCAAGGUUGUUGCAGUCUGCCUGACUGACUCGGUUGAACUGCUGGCCGCUCUCUUCGCUGGUGCUUUCUAUGGAUUCAAGACCAUCCUUGUCCCCCACAACCUUCCAGCCGAGACCCUGUCAGCACACCUCCAGACAGUUCAGGCCGAUGCCUUGAUCGCUGAGGCCGGAUCUCUUGAUCUCUCGAUCGCCGCCCAUGGCAACAAGCAACUGUCACAAGUCGUGUGGGUUGCAAAGUUCGGUAAUCAGCAUAUGGACUGGCAUGGAGUUCCUGAGGGUGUGGACGGUACCAUGAAAGUUGAUGUCUGGCAUGAGCUAGUGGAGGAAAAGAAGGACUUGGCCGGCUUGGAUGUCCCCGAAUAUGACCCCAAAGAACCAGCUCCUGGAAUCACCACUGUCUGGCCUUCUUCUGACGAGUCCGGCAAAUUCAUUGAUUUCCAGUCAGAGAACCUAGUCGCUGCUAUUGGGUCCCUGGGUUCUACUCUUCCUCGAACCCAGCGUUUUUCUUCCUCGGAUAUUGUGCUCUCUAUUGACUCCCUCUCCCGGUCCUACCCCCUCUGCCUUAUCAUGAAUGCACUGUUCUCUGGUGCCUCUAUUGCUUUGAACUCGGUCGCGGGAGAGAAAGUUGACUUUGCUUUGGCUACGGUCGGGGUUUCGCCCACUGUCAUCAUUGCUUCAUCACAGACAAUGGCAGACUACCACGACAGCGUCAUGCGACCCCAAGCAGGACUUCUUUCCUCCCUUGGCCGCUGGGUCCAAGCUCGCACUUUAGAUGCUGGAAACAUGCCUUCAAAGAAUAUCUUCAGUCAGCUGGCCCGAGUUGGGCCAACUGCGGAGCUGUCGUUAGAUCAACUGCGGUUACUGUGUAUCUCGCAUCGCAUUGAUGCACCUACCGAGGCCCGUCUUACCUCGGAGCAAAUGACAGAUUUGCGGAUUUUCACCGAUGCUCGUCUUGUAUACGCUCUGACUGGACCUGGUAUUGCCGGUGCUAUCGCUCAGUCGAACGUCUUUGACUACCGCCGCUCGGAUGGUCCGAGUCACUUUGGUUCUCCUCUCAGCAGUACCGAAAUUACACUGACUGCUGUCUCGGAAGAUCUUAUCACAGACACUCCUGAAGGCCAGAUCAAAGUAUCCGGCCCUGCCGUUGUCGAUGGCGAGACCACCCUUACAUCCCAAAUCCGUAUUAGCAAGGACAACACUGUAGAGCUGUGCUCUUAA